UUUGUUGUUUCUCUCUCUUUCAGUAUUUAAAGGCAAAGACUCACCUUGUGUUUGAAGGAAGUAGCUCAUAUUAUAUUAAAAGGAGUAUUUUCUCACUCACAUCUAUUUAUAAUAUAGAGAAACACAAACUAUAUUAUUAUAUAUAUAUAUAUAAACAGCCUGUGGAUGUGAAUUGAAUUAAUAAGAACAAAUGACCUGUCAGUUCUCAGUUUUCUUUUUAUCCGACAGCUUUGCUUGUGUUGUUGUAACUGUUGCCGAGGUGACUUCAUGUGUUGGAUGUCUUUCAGAAGUUUGGAAAGACUUACCGCAGACUGACGUGUGAAUGUCUGCAGAUCCCCGGGGCGGCGAUGGACCGAGUCAGCCUGCUGUGGCGCCUGAGGCGUCGGGCUCGCCGCGGCGUCCUGUGCAUGGCCUUCUUCUGCAUCUCCAUGGCUCUGCUCUACGCCAUCUGUGCCGAGAACAGCGUGCCCGUCACCGACGCCAUCUUCGGGGUCCGGGCGCGAACCCGGGCUCAGCCUCGCACGCACUCCGUCGUCAAGGUGCUGAGAGGCGGAGCUAAGCCGAUGUACGUGGACCCCCAGAAGCUCCCGGGGGUCGUCCCAGGUGACCCUCGCCGUCCGAUCCCCGUCCUCUCCUCUCCGAACCACACCCAUGAAGCCGGGGACUCGAUGACGAAGAGGAAGCCCAGAGACCGAGACCACCCCGGGUUCUUCGCCCGACUGCUGCCGCGCCCCUUCACGCGCGCGUUGGAGACCCUGUUCGGAGGCCGGCGGAGGGGCGAGAUGAGCGGCAGAGUCGGGGAGGCCGAGUUCUUCGGGCCUCACGGGAUUUUGGGAGAGGUGUGGGACGACGAGAUGUCCAGCAGCAUGCUGGGAAGCAGACUGAGGAAGGUGGUGCAGAACUAUCAGUCGAUGAAUAAGUACGGGGUGGAGUUCUCCGGUCCUGGCGGUGUGUCCAGCAGACCCAAGCUGAGCGGCCCGAAGCUCCUCUGCCAACUGAAGGACAACAUCGAGGUCGCUACCUUGACCCCCGACCUCGAGCCCUUCUCCUCGCUGCCCUGGGCCUCACAGCUGCCAACGAAGCCGCUGACCUCUGACCUCGGGCCGUACAGGAGCUGCGCCGUUGUGUCGUCCGCAGGGUCGCUCCGCUACUCCGGACUCGGCAAAGAGAUAGACUCUCACGACGCAGUGCUGCGCUUCAACGCCGCGCCGACCACCGGCUACGAGAAGGAUGUCGGUUCUAAAACCACGAUCCGCCUCAUCAACUCACAGGUGAUGGCGUCUGAUGACCAUCGUUUCCUGUCCAGCUCUCUGUACAGCUCAGGUGCGCUGGUGGCCUGGGACCCCGCCCCCUUUUCCGCUGACCUCACUCAGUGGUACAACAGGACCGACUACCCCAUCUUCACCCAGUACCAGAGGUACAGGAGGCUUCAUCCUAUGCAGCCUUUCUACAUCCUGCACCCCCGCUUUGAGUGGCAGGUCUGGCAACGAAUACAGGACAACAUGGCUGAGCCCAUCCAGAAGAACCCGCCCUCCUCUGGCCUGCUGGGAACCGUCCUGAUGAUGUCAAUGUGCGAGGUGGUGCACGUCUACGAGUUCCUGCCGUCCCGGAGGAAGACGGAGCUCUGCCAUUACUACCAGCGCUUCUACGACGCCGCCUGCACGCUCGGCGCCUACCACCCGCUGCUGUACGAGAAGAACCUGGUCAAACGGAUGAACCAGGGGCCCGACCGCGACAUCUACACCCACGGACGCGUCACGCUGCCUGGGUUCGGAAAGCUGAACUGCACCCAGGCUGCUGGAGGUUCAACCAACCACUGACUGGGAAACACGGAAGCAGUGUAGUUUAUACACACACACACACAUACACACGCACACACACUAACAGACACACAAAGCAGAACCCUGCAUGAAGACAUGUAAACAAGAGAACAGAUGCAUGAACACUUUAUUCACACUGCCGAAACAACAGGAACGCUGUGCCACUCACUAUAAAUAUUACAUGUUGUUACUAUAGGCUGUAAACACACACACACACACACACACACACACGCACACACACACACGCACACACACACACAGGAGUCCAAUCAACUGAUAUAUGUGCCUGCUGUUCACAGAUAAUCCCUGUUCAUCACUGAAAACAACCCUUAAAAAAGGACCAUAACGCUGUUUUUGAAGGUUUACUUUUAAGAAAAAAUUAAUUAAGAUUUUUCAUCGCGUACUAUCACGUUUUAGACAUAAAUCUGCUCCUGCACACUGUCGACUCUUAAAAUAAAUGUAUGGAAUAGCUUAAUUUCUAUAUUUUCCUUAUUGUGGAGCUCUUAAAUAUGUGUAAACAUGUGAAUCCAGACAGCUUUGUUCUAUAUCGCUAACCUACGACACACAGACUCUGUUCUAGAUCUCAUCCGACUCUGGAGAACACAAGAGAACCAGAGGGUUUCACUAAAGAAUGACGGACUGCACCUUUAAGAAACCUGCUGAUGAAUGUCUCUACAUGACACACACACACACACACCUCGCUGAAUCUAUUUAUUAAAGAUAAAUGCUACCUGCGGACGACUUCUAUCCAUACAGUGAUCCAACAAUCCAGUAAAAACAACAGACAAGCUAAAGUUUUGUACCCACGUUGUCAAACCUGUAACGAGCUGUUCCUAAUAGUCUUUUUUUAUAAUUCUUAUAUCGUGUAUAUAUUAAUGCAAUAACACUCAGGAGGACAGUCUUCAAUGUGAUUCUGUGACUCAGCCAUGUGAAGCAGAACUAGAGUUUUAUCUCUAUAAAAUAAUCCAUAUUCACAAACCUGCUAACGUAGCUGCUAGCUUGGAAUUUAUGUCUGGUGGAACAUCAAAAGAAUGUGGGUACUUCUUUUGUAUUGUUUUUUAUUAGAUACUAUAUAUAUAUCAUGCCAUUCAUGACUACAUACAUUGUCACCCAGAGAAGAAUGACACCACUUUCACAUCUCUAUGCUAAAUCUGUAGCUGGAGCCAGACGGGGGAGAAUUAGCUUAGCUUAGCAUAACGACUGGAAGCAGGUGGAAAGAGCUAGCCUGGCUCUCUCCAAAAUGUAAAAAGAAACGCUGCACGACUUUCAUGAAACUUGGUGGAAGGGUGCAGCACGGGAAAAGGAAGAACCGUUUACAUUUUGGAGUGGGUCCGAGUCACGUAGCGGAUACACAAAGUAUUUUUUACUGAAGUACUUAAGUGUCCUUCUAGUAAACACAUCAUACCUGUUUUGUUUUAUCAUGUGUUGUUAGCGGCUCCCAGGCUUUAUGCUAUAUUAAGAUUAUCUGUUAAUAGCCAAUGAGACAUUCCUCUUACGGCUAAAAAUAGUUUGGGAACGAUGUUGAUGCCAGUUGUGCUUCCAUUGGUUCCCACUGAAUCUUUCCACUGGAUUUGUUUUUUCCCCUCUGGCUCAGAGGCUCAGAUCUCAUGAGGACUAGUCAUAUAAACUAGCAGCUAUAAGCUAGUAAGCUAGCAUGUUUACCUGCAGAGAACACGAGUGCUAUGGUCAUACGUUAAUGACAAAAAUGAACUCAUUUCUCCUCAUAUUUUCUGUUCUGAAAAAACGUUUUCAGGAAGUAGAACUCCAGUCUGCUCACACUUGUAUUUUUCAGUAUCACAGUUAAGAUCGGCCUCGAGGGUUUUAUGACUUCUUCUACUCUAUUAUUACCAAACGCAUGUGUGGCAACAGGAGAAAACACUCUACGUCUCUGAUCAACAGAGAGAGGAUCCGCAGGGCACGGAGUCUGCUGUUAUCCCAUAAUAAGCCCCAUAAUUUCUUUACUAAACGUGAUGUAAAACAUUUCAUAUUGUUGUUAGCAUCAUCGCGUGUGAGCGAGCUCAUUAGCAUGCAAACCACGACAACGAUCCUGUGUGACGCUCCUUACAGAUCGGAUGUUAUGUGUCUCAAAUAUCAGAUUGUCAACUACCUAACAGUCCCAGGUUGAGCACAUGUCAAAAUGUUUUGGUAAUAUGAUUAAUUGUACAACGCCUCAGAUUCAGCCUAAAAUGCUGGAUCGGGUUGUAUUUUUUUUUGCCUGAUAAUGUGACAUUAUGAACAACAAAUCUGUGUUGAAAUCAGCAGGAUGAGAGCUCAUUAACGUUAGCCGUUAGCAUUAUAAUGCGUUCAAGCUCCAUUCAGUUCAAAUGAGUAUUGGGACAAAAGGUAAAUUAUAACUUUAUCGUGAUGUUUUCCAAUGUUUAGUACUUGAAUAAAUCCAGUUUUUUUGAAGAUGUUUUCACAUAUAAAAUAGUUAUUUAAGAGGUAAUUAUGACGUGUUUAACUUUCUUUGUCUUUAAGCACUGGUAUUGGAUCGGUACAAGAAGAAAAAUAAAAUAGCUUGUUUAAAAUAGAUUGUGAAAUAAGGGUUUAAAAUUGGUCCUAAAGUUACAAUCCAUUUGUUUUUUACCAUGUCAAACAGUUUCUGACACCAUUUAUAUCCACGAUUUCAACUGCUACAUCCGUUAAAUGUAUUUGCAUCAAUUUACAUACAUUAACACCUUUAUAAGUUUACUUUUUACUCCUAAAUAAAGAUGUUUGAUCAAAUGACCACAAACCUGGGACCAGGUAGUGUUAAUCCAGAUUGUAGAUAGACCAUAUUGGCCCAAAUAUACGGACAAAUAUACGACAGAUUUUGAGACGAAGCCUUUUCCAGCAGCUGUUUUUUUGCCUCAAAGAGCCACAAACAUGACUGUAGGCUCUCAGCGCUGUUCAGAUGUUUAGAUAUUUGGGUCAAUAUGUCCGAUGUUUCCUGUUUCACUUCAGUCUGAAGCAAGAAAUGGCUCCGCUGUUGUUCUUAUAAUCAUUUCAGUUUCAUGUUUUCAACUAGAACUUUGUUUAUUCAGGAGAUAAACACUUGAAUAAUUGAUGUCAUUGCAUUUCAGAAGAAAACUAUGAGAAUAUUUUUCUCUCUAUGAAGUUCUACUCUUCUUGUCUCAGCUCCUGCUCGCUAAUUUCAUGUAUAACAUUUUAACGUUUUUUAUUGUUAGCUAACAGAUUUUUCUCUACUUUGCCUUCAUUUGUUUGCUUUCUGAGCGUUUUGGUUGUUAAGUUGUUGACUGUGUUUUAUGUGGUUGAUUGAACAAAUAUGUUUUCAUAUUUCCUUAAAAACGUACAACUGACUUUUAAAACCAUUUCAUAUUGUUAAGAAAUUAUCAGUUUUUUUAGGGCAAUACCAUCAGAUUUCCUUCUAAUUAUUCAGUUGUGAAACAUCAAGAACUUAAGUGUAAAUGCCAAAAGUAGUUCGCUGGUCCAAUGACAUUUUCUGCAGACAUUCAUGGUCCUCAGGGGAUGAACUGUAAUACAUUUAUCUUUGGUUCGAGGCUAAAUACCUGCAGAAUUGAUGAGAUUCCCAUCAGCCUCAACUGUACUUUACUUUUACUGCUAGUUAGCAUGCUAACAGGCUAAAUGACAACGAUCAUGCUACCUGCUAAAUAAAUCUGCAUGUUAGCAUCACUGUUGUGACGUUAGCGUUUAGCUAGCAUGCCUGCAGACUCUUUCAGUCUUGUUUUCUGGUGUAAGUACUUUUCUAAAACCUGAUUAGCCAGUUUAACCAGUGACGACAGGAAGCUUUAUUUUGAAAAGGAUCACCUGUGAUUUAAUGUCCCCACUGCCUGAACACCACAUUUCACAUUCAUCCAGACUUUAGAACAAAGGUCAUGCUCCCUCUCUGGUUUCAGAACGGAAUAUUUUUAACCCUGCAUGCAUUAGAUUCCAGAACUGAUGCUGUAACAGUCAAAGCUUCUGUUGGAUUAUUAUUAUGCUAAAUGUUGUAUUUUGAGGAUUCCUCAUUGUAUUACAAAAGUAAACUGUUACCUUGUUUGGUUAUUGACUUUAUGUUCCAGGUGUUUUGUCUGUGUGUGAGCAGGAAGUUGUGACAAUCACACAAUCGAAAUAUAUGUCAUUUAAAACUUAAAAACUGAGGACAUUGGUGAAUAAAGAUCCGACAAC